AUGCCCCAUGUGAACAACAUGGAACAGCUUCUGAAAAAGCUGGCCGGUUGUUGGCACGAGUCCGCUGCUGGAGGUGACGUGGCUCGGCUGGAGCUCUACCAGGCCAUCACCGCGAAGGGGCUCUCCGGAGACGACGAGGAGUCUACAUCCAGAGCUUUCGAGCGGCAGCGAGGUGCCAUCCUGCGGGUCCUGUCGUCCUGCGAUGACAUCCAGAAAUCUGCCCUUGAGCUGUUGGGUCACAUCGUCGCCAUGGCAUCGUCGUGUGAGGGACCCGCCUGUCAACCAAGCCAGGCGUCGUCGCUAUGGAUGGCUGUGGCCAGGGUCUUAGACGGCGAGGAUUCGAAGAGGAUGGUCAAGGUCAUGGCGCUGUUCGCCAUCGCCAAGAAUACCAUGGCGCCUGAUCUGGUGGCGCCGAGCGUGGCGCAGCUGGCGCCCGCGGUGGCUCAAACGAUGCGGAUGGAGAGCACGGUCGCCCGGCAGCAGUCAGCCAUGGCCAUCCACAGCCUCCUCGGUUCCGUCCCGGGUGCCAUGGCACGGUGUGACCCGGGUAGAGCAGACCGCCCAGAGGAGGAGGACAGCUUCUGGGUGCGCUGCCUGCUGCGGCUUUGCUUCGACGACGCCGUCAAAGUCCGGGCAGAUGCCCUCAAGGCAGCGGAGAGGGCCGUGUCGCUGGGCGGACUGAGAGGGAACGCCGGGAUCGCGGCGUGGGUGCUCGAGGCACUCAGGGAUGGCAGGCUUUCCCAAGGCAUGAGCAGGGUGCUCUUCUACGAUGCGAGUUCUCAGUCACAAGCCACGGUACCAGGGGCGGCCGGGGAAGCAGAUCCGCUCCCUCACGCGUUGGGGUCUUCCUCGACUGCAGCAGCACCGGAUAGGACGAACCCGCGGCAAGCCACGCCACAGCGAGUCAAGCACGCGAUCAGGGUGUGGGCGGUGCAUCUCUCGUUGGCAGACCCGACCAGGCUCCUCAGAGCGAAGGACUCGGCCGGAAAGAAGAGGCUUCUCGACGUCGGCACCGGGUUGUUCACGUGGCUAUCCGGGAAGUCUGCCGACGGUCGGGACGACGUGAAGGUGCAGGCGGUGGAGUCGUGGGAGAUGUUCGCUGUCAGCAUGAUGGCCCAGAUCGGCCGUGAAGAGGCGAAAAAGGUGGCUCACAUGUUCCUGAGAGCUUUGUCCCGCUGGGUCCUCAAAGAAAAGUGA